AUGGGCUUCCCAUUUUCUCAAAUAGUGACCCUUGACAUCCUUAACACUGCGAAAAAUAUAAUCGCGUUUGAGGAGCUGGAGGACCUGCUCAAGGAGCGGAACGUGUGCAUCGCCGUCAAGGAGAAGCUGGUCAAGGAUUCUGGCGUGGCCGGCGACAAGGCCUACGACGAGAUAGUGCAGAAGCUGCUGACCAAGUCACGGGCCAGGGGCGCCAUCAUCUUCGGCUCGGACCAGGAGGUGGCGGGCGUGAUGCGGGCCGUGCGGCGCGCCGGCGCCUCGGACACCUUCUCGUGGAUCGGCUCGGACGGCUGGUCGGCGCGCGCGCUCGUCUCGGACGGCAACGAGCGCGAGGUGGAGGGCACGCUGUCCGUGCAGCCGCAGGCGCACCCGGUCAAGGGCUUCGAGGACUACUUCCUCAACCUGACGGUCGAGACCAACCGCCGCAACCCCUGGUUUGUGGAGUUCUGGGAGGACCACUUCCACUGCCGCUACCCCAAUUCGUCGCUGACGCCGUACAACGGCCGCUACACCGAGAACUGCACCGCUAAGGAGCGCCUGACCCGGGAGAACACCGUCUUCGAGAACCAGCUGCAGUUCGUCAGCGACGCCGUCAUGGCCUUCGCGCACGCCCUCAACGAGAUGCACAAGCAGCUGUGCCCCGGGCGCGGCCUCUGCGACUCCAUGAAGCCCAUUGAGGGCUCGAGGCUGCUCAAGUACCUCCGCCGGGUCAACUUUACCGGCCUGAGCGGGGACCAGUUCAAGUUCGACUCUCAGGGUGACGGGCCGGCGCGCUACAACAUCAUCCACUUCAAGCAGGUGGCGCCCAAGGUGUACCGCUGGGUGCCCGUCGGGGAGUACAGCGAGGGCCGGCUGCGCCUCAACAUGUCAGAUAACCAGAGCCUUUUUCCUGACAAUAUUAUUAUUGGUGGAUGUGAGUUACGGUGA